AUGACAGCCGUUAUCAACUUUAAUAUCGCGGUUAACGGAAAAAAUCUUCUGCUGAGCAAAGAAAAAACUCUGAGUGAACAAGUUAUUAAGGAGGUAGAGAAGGAAGGGAGCAAAAAGAAAGAAGAAAUCGAAAAAAAAAAAAUAAGAGAAAUAUUAGUCAAAAAGGUCGAUGAAAAGGAUAAAAAACAAAAAGAAGUCAAAGAAAAUAUUGAAAAAGCAAUAAAAGGGGGUGGUUCUUUAAAAAAAAAAGAGGCCAAAAAGAUAAUUGAAGAUGCAAGCAUAGUCGGACGUGAAGAUGUCAGGGAGAAGCAAGAUUUUGAAUUUGAGUUUAACUUUUUUGUAAAAGCUUUCUUUUCUAUUCUACAUUAUUAUUUAAUGUCUUACGCUUAUGACAGUGUAGAACGGGAUUUGAAAAAAGAUCUAUUUCGCCAUUUUAUUCGGGCUAAAUAUGCUAAUUCUUCGGAAGUUUCUCGCAAUUUAAUUACCCAAUUUGCUGAUGAUUUAGAUGAAAUCGCUUAUAUUUUAAUUAUCGGAGAGGUUUUAUUAUUCAAAAGAGCCAGCAAAUUGCAUUUGGCUGCCAAAAAAAGACAGGAAGAAGAUAAUAAAGUCAUUUACGAACGAAUUAAUAAUUUAGAGUAUAUUAAGGUGAUUUCUGGAGAAAAGUAUGAAGAAGAAAUGAUUGACCGACAACUAGACUCCACUUUCCGCCAGAACAAAAAAUCUCUCUGGUAUAGUGCGUUGUUUAAGGCUGUUCCGCAAUAUCUUAUCAUUCCCAACAUUCCAAUUUUUUUUAUGGCCUUGACCCUGCUUUUUUAUUCCGAAAGUAGUAAGAUGGGAACAGUAUUUCUAAUCGGUAACUUUGUUCGCUACUUUUUUUCGGUAAAAAGUUUAAAUAAUGAGGUAAAUAAAAUAAUUGAGGCCUUAUUAACCCUGGAUGAACUUUCUGGCAGCCUAGCCAUUGUUAAUGAGAGUGCCAAAACCUUAAAUUACCAAACUGCUCGGGCCAUAGCGACUUCUCCCGUGGCAAAUCUUCCGUUUCAAAACGGCGACAUUAUUUUUCAAAAGGUGGUUUUUGCUUAUCCCAAACGUCCUCAACAAGAUAUUUUACGUAACUUUUCUUUCACUUUCCAACAAGGUAAAAGUUAUGGUAUUGCUGGGAAAAAUGGUAUUGGUAAAAGCACUAUUACCAAAACUACUCUCAAACUUUAUGACUUAAAAGCCGGGCAAAUUUUCAUUGGCGAACAUAAUAUUCAAGAAAUAGACACUAUUAGUCUCCACCGCCAUAUUUGCUACCAAACUAAUCGUCCCACCUUUUUCCACCUGAGUAUUGCUGAGAAUGUUUAUUAUCCUAAUGAGUAUCAGAAAAAAGACCACAAUAAAUUAAUUCAAACGGCCAAAAAAACCGGUAUUUAUGAGUUCAUUACUAAACUGCCGCAGGGAUUUGAUACGGUAUUAAGAGAAGGAGGCAGCGACCUUUCCGAAGGACAAAAACAACAAAUUUCGGCCAUGAAAAUUUUUAUCAAUGACUAUGAUAUUUACAUCUUGGAUGAAAUAUUAAGCAAUGUUCAUCCGGACUUGAAAGGAAUUAUUUUAGGUAACAUUUUUGCCAAAUUAAAAGGUAAAACAGUGCUAGUAAUUGACCAUCACUACGAAAUAUUUCAAUAUGUUGAUUACGUUUAUCAAUUCACUGAAAAUCAAAAAAUAAUACUCGCUAGUCAAAUUAAAGAAGAUUUACAAAAAGAUUUAGCGAAAGCGAAAAAGGAGGAAAAGAGCAAAAACAGAUUUGGAGGAUGUAGUUGGCUAAAAACAUUGGGCGAAGAUUGUGGUAGUUAUAGAGGGAAUGAGUGGCGAUUAAAUUAUUAUGGUUCUGAUGUAGAUAAAUAUAAAGAAAAGCAACAUCCCGGAGCAAGAGAAGGUAUCUAUGUUUUUCCUGAGGAAUUAGAACCUAAUGAUUGGAAAGAAAUUGAAAAAGUCAAUUUGAACGAAAAAAUUACUAUUGCUGAGGGGGUCGACAAUAAAGAAAAUACUGAAAAAGACAAGCCAGUUGAAAAUAAACCAACCGAUAAUUCUCCUAACUCUCCACCAAAAGAAUUAAACAACAAAACCCUACUUCAAUACUUCCAAAAGAAAAAUAUUAAAUCAAUCAAAUUAGAAGGCGAAAUACUAAUAAUUGAACACAAUGACAAUUGA